AUGCAUUCCGCACCUUCACCUCCCGCCCCUCAAUGCCACUGCUGGCUGCAGUUGCACCACAAUGUCCUGCUCAUUCAUCCUAUCAACGCUUUGUUAGAUGCCUACAAGGCUCGCCGAGGUUCUAGUCUCGCCACCCAUGACACCGCCACGAGAAAUCUCGCCGCGCUCUCAGAGCAUCAGCUCGUCCAGCUCGCCGCCUUUGUGCCAGAAAGAGCUGUCGUCGUCAUCGUGCUUCCCGCUGUGCGCGUCUUCGUCAAGAAACAGGGCACAGUCCGUUUGCUUCCCGGGAUAUCCGUCUGGGCGGGCGUCAUUUUGAAGUUUGAUCAGGGCCCUGAAGACCGCGAUUCUUGGGUCGAGUCCUUUGCGGACGCGAAGCGAAACCCCGACAAGAACUUGUCCAACUUUUCCGUUCAACGUCAGAUCGGCAAAGGUGCUAGUGGACGUGUGUAUCUCGUGCGCGAUGAGGAGGAACGCAAGAGUCUUGCGCUCAAGGUUAUCGAGAAGAGCAGCGUGUACGAGUCGGACGAUGCUUAUCGCCACGCCAUCGACGAGCGUUUAGUUUUGCAGAUUGCUGCAGGACAUCCCUUCGUCCUCGGUCUCAAGUAUGCCUUUCAGAAUGCUAACCGUCUCUUCCUCGUCACCGAGUACUGCCCUGGCGGUGACCUGUUCGGCUACAUGGAGAGAAGGAUUCAACCUAUGGACGAACAUGUCGCCAGAUUUAUCGCUGCUGAGAUUCUACUGGCUUUGGAGCAUAUCCAUAGCUUUGGCGUUGUUUAUCGUGAUCUGAAACUAGAGAACAUAUUGCUGGAUGCAGACGGGCACGUAAGGGUUGCCGAUUUUGGGUUGUCAAAACUUCUCAAGGCUCCCAAUGGAUAUGUGAAAAAGACGAACACUUUUUGUGGCACAAGGGAGUAUGUUGCUCCAGAGAUGAUUCGCGGGGUCAUGUAUGACACAACGUUGGAUAUCUGGACGUAUGGAAUACUAUUGUACGAGAUGCUUUCCGGACGCACCCCUUUUCACAGCUCCGAUCGCACCGACAUCUACAAGCGCAUCGAGAAAGCACCGAUCUGCUACCCGCGGCACUUAUCGGAGGAAUGUAAAAGCUUGCUGGAGAAGCUUCUCAUGCGUAAGCCGGAAGAGCGGAUAGGGGCUGGGGAAGUGGGACUUGACGAGAUCAAGAAGCACAGCUGGUUCAAGGGCAUUGACUGGAUUGCGUUGCACAACAAGACUGGGAUAAAGAGUCCACUGAAAAAGCACUGUCGGAUGCUCAAGCCGGUAGAGCAAAAGGCAAGUGCUCGUGAACGGAACAAAGGGAUACCGGAAAAGGCGCUGGUGACAUUGGAGGCAGACUUGAGGGAGGAUUUUGAAUUUUUACAAGAAACUUCAAACCACACUGUUGUGGAUCUAUCGCGACGACCACAAUCGCCCAUGGCAAGACGGCGACGAAUGAUUUUGGCAGGGUACGCGUUUUGCGAAAAGAAUGCUGCGAAACUCAAGGAAGUGGCGGACGAGAAGAAGAGCCAAUCGCAACAACAGCAAAGUGAUGAACUAGAGACAGUUGCUGGUGGCGUAAUAUCUUAG